AAUCAUGCCUCUUUCCUCGACCAUAUCAAUUUUCUCCUCGAGUACAUAAAUUCCAAGCUCAGUGCGGGGCACUGUUCCGGUCCAUUUACGUGCGACCAGCUAGAGUCUCUCAUCAGGCCCUUUUGCACUGGCCCUCUCAGUGUCAUUCCCAAACCUGGUCCCUCCAAGUUUUGCCUUGUUCAAGACCAUUAA